AUGAGUCCAGCAAAUAUUACACUAUGGGUUCGAGAUACCGCGAGUGAUCUCGAGUCGGUUCCAAGUACCUUUUCUAGCUGGGACAAAUGUAUGGAUAAAACCUACUGCAAGCGCAGAAACAAAACGCCUAAACACUUUGAUGACCCUCCGUUCCACAAGCCUCCACCACCGGCUCCGAAUCCGGUCUAUCAAGCGCCACCAGCUCCACCUUCAUUCCGGGGCACACAGCAGACUACGCCGCAGACUGCGAAUUUCGACGCGCCCAAGUCUCCGGCCGCUCAUGUCAAUGAGGACGCCCUGCCUGAGAUGCCCACCUGGGCUGGUGCCGUUGACAAGCAUGUUGAAGACUCGAACCAUCAUGACGAUGUCGAAAUGGAGCCAUUGAAUCCCCCGGACCGAAAGCAGGGUGCCGGCACACCUGGUGCCGCUUACUCUGACUAUUCACCCAAUCCAGCCAUGGGCGCAGCCGCGGCCGGAUACAGAGGAUUUGGACCUACCGAUCCGCGUGCACGACGGUCUCCCGGCCCGGGAGCAGCAUUGAAUCCCGUUCAAGACCCCUAUGGCCGACGUUCACCGGGCAUGCCUUCCUCUGGAGCAACGAUUGAUCCUUAUGGGAGAAGGUCACCGGGCCCGGCGGCACUCAGUGCUGUCCAGGAUCCAUACGGACGACGUUCCCCCGGCCCAGCAGCAGCGUUGGCUGCCACUCAAGAUCCAUACGGGCGUCGCUCGCCUGGUAUGUUACCUUCAGCCGCAGCAGCUGGCUAUGGCACCACAGCACACGACCCCUACGGUCCGCGGUCUCCCGGCGGAGCAGUCCACAACCCUUACGACCAGCAAGCAUACCAAGACUCCUCUAAUGACCACCCUUACGGCGCAGGCAAUGGCUACCACGCUGUGACCGCUCCCUCGCCCGUGGCUGCAUACAAGCCGCACACCAACUACAGCCCCGUGCCCAUGGCCUUCUCCCCAUCCUCGGAGAUAGACCAUUCUGCAGCCGCAGCCCCAACACCAGGCUUCCAGCGCCAGCCAUCUUUCGGCUCUAGCCAGUAUCCCCCAUCAUACACCUCCCAGCCUCCAUACCGCGGCUUCGCCCCCGGUGCCCCUUCUUCGCCCCCUCCUGCUUUCUCAGCUCCUUCGCCUUCUCAGUACACUACCUAUAACCCCCACACCAUCGCCCCCACUCCCGAGCCCGACAAUACCAGACCUCCGAGUCUGUUGCAGAGCGGGAGGAAACCUACCAUCAAUGCUUCUAGCAACUUUUGA